GGCCGCAAGAAAGCGGCGUAUCGCUGACCGUGUUCCGCUAUUUGUAGCCGCCCGUCCCUCCGCCGACCUGCUCUUGCUCUUCUCCUUUUGCCGAUCUGGUACAUCGAGGCCCCUCCGAUCGCGAGAGAGAGUAAGAGCCCUUGUCGCGGAGAUGUGCUAUCUUGCCUUCAACGGAUUUCCUUGCUUGUUGUCGGUCUACCGUUACAUGAAUUUUUCCAUCUAUAACUCGACGGGAAGUUAUUGAUUGUCCUUAAGUGAGGUUGGCUGUUUUUGUGGAGACAAGCCCUUUGAAGAGAAUUAGUCUGUGGUUAACAGACACUUCCUUGGGUAAAAAUGGAAGAUAUGAGCGUAAAGGUAUUGGAUAAAAAUGAAAGAAUUAUGCACAGUCUGAAGAGAAAGAGAGAACCUGAUUCAUAUUUCACUAGUGGCCAUGGCCUAGUAGCACAUUCGCAUAUCACAGACAGAUCCUCUCUAAGGGGCUGCAACAUGAUGAGUUGUAAAUCUAACUUCAGCUGCAGUUUUCAGAGCCAUAUUGUUAAUAAAUAUCGCAAUUUUUCAAAAAGUGGGUUGCCGGUCAGAGUGUUAUCUUUUGAGGAUGGUGAAUGGAGAGAUUUUCCUGAGAAUAUCAUCAGUUUGGUCCAGGAAGAUUUUCGUCUAAAGAAAGGAAUUACUGAAGCAGAUAUUCAGAAUCAGCAAUUUUUGUUAGACUUUAUGCACAUGAUUUACAUAGAUUUGAAAACAGGAUUACAGAAACCAAUUGCUUGGAUUGAUGUAGAUGGGAAAUGUUUCUUCCCAGAAGUGUGUCCUGAACAUUAUCAUUUUGGCAAAGGCAAACAAGUUCACAUGAUUUGUGAUCCAAAUGGUACACGUGAAGUUGAAGCCCAUUUGAAGAUUUCUGUUAGUGCUGCUGAAAGCUCAAGUUUACGACUCGAUGACGAGGCUAUGUUUAAUGUCAAGAGGAUCAAGAGUGAAGAAAAUUCUGCCUGUGCUGAAGACAAUGAAACUGUUGGAGAAAAUGAUCCGUGUUCAUUUCUCCCUCCAAAUGUCUCUGCUUCAGGAAGUUGGCAGGAAAAGGUUAGGCCGGCUGAUGACCAGCGAAUCAGUGCUGUGCAGCAUUUGUUACUUCACAGUUUGGGCAAAGUUAUUGAUGCAAAGGACAUUUUUGGAAUCUGCAAAACUCCAGUGGAAAAUGACUUAGGUUUGAAUCGACUUGGCUUUUUUCAAGAGCAGGUUGUGGUCACCCAAAAACUCCGUGGCAAUGCAAAUGUCCGUUAUGCAUGGCUUGCUUCCUCCAAAGGUGCUGUCGAAGAGAUGAUGUUGAAAGGGGUUUUGAAGAUACCUGAACAGAAGCCUCUGUUUGGCAAUGGCAUUCAUCUUGCACCAGCAAAUUGUUCAAAUGUCUGUGCUCGCUAUUCUAAUGUUGACGACAAUGGUUUUAUCCAUAUGAUGCUGUGCCGCGUUAUUAUGGGAAACAUGGAGCUAAUUCCCAUGGGAUCUAACCAGCAUCAGGCCAGCCAUGAGAACUUUGACAGUGGGGUCGAUGAUCUUCAGAAUCCAAAGCAUUAUAUAAUAUGGGAUUUGAAUAUGUAUACUCAUAUCUAUGCAGAAUUUAUUGUGACUAUAAAUUUGCCUACCAAUGCCAAAGAAUGUUUGGCUAGCGAUGGUGGUAUGUCUUAUGUGUCUGCUUUAACAAAUUCUAAUUCACCUUGCAGCUUAUAUCAGGAUAAGAGCCACCCAUCUCCAGUUGUUGCAAAUCAGCUUCGAGGUUUAUCGUCAGGUCGAGCUCCAAGAACUCCAACCUCUCCAUGGAUGCCCUUUUCAAUGUUGUUUGCUGCAAUUUCAACUAAAGUGCCUCCUCAAGACAUGGACUUGGUUAACACUCAUUAUGAAGAUUUUAAGAAGAGGAAGAUAAGCAGGAUUGAUUUGGUUAAAAAGUUAAGACAGAUUAUUGGUGAUAAAUUAUUGGGUUCUACAAUAAUGAGGCUACAACACAUGUUACCACCUAUGGCCAGACAUCAAGCUCCAAAAUCCUAGCCCACAGACCUGUAAAACAAGUCUUGACGUGGUGAUGCGCCUCUGCUCAGAGCAAAUUGGCAGGAGCUGGAACAGAGUCAGUCAGGCGUUGGGAGUCGGAUGCCUCCAGGUUUGAGUUGGUUUACUGGUCAUUAUCCUAAUGGCGUCAAUACAAGUUAAUUAGGCAGAUGAUACAGGGAAUUAUAUUUUAUAUUUCAUGCUCUGUAGGAACAUGACAGUCCUCUGCUUUGUUGUAGGCGUUGACUCUCGGGGAUGUUAUUAUAUUCUUUGUCUUGCAUGUUAUCGAAUAUAUUAUUAUUUGCUGUCCA